AUGGCCCCAUUGGAGAAGAAGAAUCGCUCUAGAGUGGCUUGCAACAGGUGUAGGGACAGCAAGAUCCGGUGUGUGAAUUUUGGAGAUCACAAUGCUUGUGUUCGAUGCCUGAAACUAAAACUUUCAUGUUCCUACUCACCAACCCUGGCUCAACAGAGACAGAAACCAAAUAAACCUGAACAUCAUGAUAAAGUCCAACGGACACCUCCAGCUCAAGUUGUUUGGAAAAGAAGCGAAUUUGUAGAAGAUGUCAAAUUUCCAUCCAAAGAGGUUGUUCUUGAACUUGUGGAAAUCUUCUUUGAGAACCAGUAUAAAGGGAUCUUUCCUUUCAUUCAUAAACCUUCGUUUCUAGCAUUCUUAAAUUCUAAUCGAUUUUCGCCCGAAACAUACUUUGACGACUACAAUGCAAUUAUUGAGGACAAGGAGUCCAUAAAACGAAUGAAGUUUCCGGAUCCUAUUUUAUUAGUGUCCAUACUCGCUCUCUGCUGUCGAUUCUAUCCACUGCUUGCACAGUCGACUGAAUGCAGUUCUUCCACUUCAAACACACUGACCCAUACAGAAUACUUCCAGAGAUCUUUGGGUAUGAUUCCCACAGAAGCAUCCAAAUAUUACGGCGAACAGGCUAGAUAUUUACUCAAAGAAGUAUUCGACGAGCCCACUGUUCAAAGAAUCCAGGCAUUGGUCUUACUUAGCAGUCACGAAUGGGGCGAAGGAAACAGUGCUCGAAGCUUUGUCUACGUUGGGAAUUGCUGCUAG